GUAGUGCUGUUAUUGUCCGCUGAUUUUUGGACGGUGAAAAAUAUAACCGGCCGUUUGUUGGUCGGUUUACGAUGGUGGAAUUACAUUGAUGACGAUGGACAAUCGCAUUGGGUGUAUGAAUCGAAAAAGGGCCGCGUUAACGCACAAGAACAACGAAUCUUUUGGUUGGCACUUGUUCUAUUUCCAAUGAUCUGGGGUCUCUUCUUCAUGGUUGCACUCUUCGGUUUCAAAUUCAGAUGGCUGGUUUUGGUAUUCAUUGCCAUAAUUUUAAACGGUGCAAACUUAUACGGAUACAUCAAGUGCAACUACGGAUCGAGUACAAACUUAAAUUCAGCUGCUAGUGAUUUUGUGCGUAGGCAAGUGUUCCGGAAUGCAUUUGAUUUCAUUUCACGACCCUCGCAACCACCUACAACCAAUGCAAGCGGCAUCGUUUGAAAUGGCAAUUGAUUGCGAUCAAGCGAUUUGGAACCUGAUCAGAUGAUUUUGAAAAUAACAUUUGAAAAAAAAAACCAUUCCAAGGAUAGAAAAUUAAGCAAACACUGUGUAUGAAUAUUUGGCAACCUUUUAAUUUAAGAUCUUGAAUUAAAAAAAAUGAACAAGAAACUUCCAAAAUGAA